AUUCAAUUCUGCCAUUCACCUUGUUCUAUUAGUGGUAUCAGAGCCCUAAUCUCUAACGAGUUCUGUUCCAUUCACCAUGGCCGACCACUCACCCCCAAACUCACCGUCAUCAAGCACUUCAUCAAGCACCUCAUCAAACAACAGGAAAACCGAUACCCUUGUUGUCACAACCUCUCAAGAACCCAAGUCCAACAAAAACAUUAUUGUCAUGUUCAAUCCAACUCAAUUUCCACUAAAACUCACACCUAAUAAUUAUCUCACCGAGAAGGAACAAAUCACUUCCCUGAUGACCACCUAUAGAUUACUUGAUUUUCUUGAGGGUACAAAACCAUGCCCUGCGAUUCCAUCAUUGGCAGAACAAAUUCCAGACUCCCCGUUUGACAUCUGGGUAAGACAAGAUCAAGCCUUGCGCCAUGCCCUGAUUACUGCUGUGUCAGACUCGAUUGCUCCACGAAUUGCCACAGCAAGAACCUCCAAUCAGGCGUGGCUCGCUUUGGAGAAACUGUAUGCAAAUCGAUCUACCACUCGAUAUGUCAUAUGGCGAGAUCGUCUUCACAACCUUCGAAGUGAAGGGAAAACAAUGACUGAAUACUUGGACCACAUCAAGAUGAUUGUUGAUGAGUUGGAGAACAUGUGCCGAUCGGUUUCAAAUGAGGAAUUGUCCGUUCACGUCAUGAACGGCCUUGGUCCUGAGUUCCAGGAGUUUUGCGCCUCCAUUCGAGCUUGUGAGACGCCUUUGCCAUUUGAAGAUUUUCAGGAUAGACUCUUGGCACAUGAGGAAGCCUUGCGUCGAGAAGAACGGAGACUUAAGGCAACGCCAAUUGUUGCCCAUCAUGCCGCUGCGCAAAAGAGAAAUUUUAGGACACCUAACUCAUUUUGUUCAACAUCAGGACCAAAUUUUCCAUCCAAUAAUUUUGUUACUAAUCGACCCAUCUAUGCAGGAAAUGGUUCAUCACAGCAACCCACUUCUCAUUCAUGGAAUAAGCCCAACAAAUAUUAUAAUCAGCCUAGGCAACAAUUUAAUAGAAGGAAGAACGAAAAUUGGAGGCCCAACAAUGCCAGAAAUUUCAAUUGUCAAUUGUGCAAUCAACUUGGACACUUUGCAAACAACUGUCCAUAUUUUCAUGUGCAAGCACAAGCACCGAUGGCAAAUUAUGCUUCUUCCAGUGGACUUUCUCGCAACAAAUGGUUAAUUGAUUCUGGUGCCAAUAAUCACAUAACAAAUGAUCUUGCAAACCUUGCCUUACACUCUGAGUAUGAUGGACCUGAGGAACUCCAAAUUGGCGAUGGUUCAGGCCUAGAGAUUACACACAUAGGUGAGGAAUCGUCGCACGGGGGCAAUUCUGCUUCGAGGGCCAAACAAACAAGGAGUUUACCAAAUUCUCGACAAGGGAAAUUCUAAAUCUUCUUCCAUGGCAUUUGUUGGUGAACGUGCCUCAGCAUUAAAUUGGCAUUCACGACUUGGGCAUCCUUCUUCUAAAAUUUUACAAUUAGUUCUUCGUAGUUUUCAUUUACCUAGUUUUAAUAAAUAUGGUUUUGACUCUUGUGAGUCAUGCUUGUGCUCUAAAGGUCACAAACAACCUUUUGGUAAUUCUUUUAUUCAAAGUCAUGCUCCUCUUGAUGUUAUUUUUUCGGAUGUUUGGGGUCCUGCCCCAGUUUCUUCAAUUGAUGGCAAUAAAUAUUUUGUGCUUUU